AUGGCUGUAGGCCUUAAUAAAGGCCAUCCAGUGACCAAGAAUGUAUCCAAGCCCAGACACUCUCGCAGGAGUGGGCGCCUGACAAAGCACACCAAAUUUGUCCGUGACAUGAUACGUGAAGUAUGUGGUUUUGCCCCAUAUGAAAGACGUGCCAUGGAGUUGCUCAAAGUGUCAAAGGACAAAAGAGCUCUUUAG